GGUAAAAAUGUAGUGUUAUUUAUUGUCACAGUUUAUUAUGAAUUCAAAAAGUGUUAGCAAAACAAUUUUAAUUCUUAAUUUUAUAUAAGGUUAUUUUAUCAGUAGAUUAGUGAUUCAAAUAAAAAGCCUUUCAUUAAGCAUUUCAAAAUGGGUGAAGCAUACUUCAACUUAAAAAGAAAACUCGACGAGCUUGGUUAUAACAGUUCCUUGCCUGUAGAGGCAGUCCCAUUAGUCGAGUGUAUAUUUGCUGAUUUAUUGCAAACAACCCGGAGUUUACAGCAUUAUAUGGAUCUUUCGAAAGAGGCCCUAAUGCAAAGAGAUGAACUGAUGAAAGAAGCGGAGCCAUAUAAAUGUGAUAAUAUUAAACUUAUUCACGAAAAUAAUCAGCUCCAUCGCGAUGUUAUUCAACUAAAGGAAGAAAAUCUUAAAAUAACUAAAGAAAGUCAAAGAAAGCUUAAAACUUUAAGUGAGGAAAUUGCAAAAAAAGAAACAUUAAUAACUAAGCUGCAACAUGAUUUAAGAGAUUUAAGUUUAAGGAGUCUUUGUGCCGACACUUUAAGCAGCCGUAACAAAACGAAAAGAAAAGACGGGGGUGAUUGUUAUAUGUCUAAAAUAUGUAUGUGUAAUGAAAAAAAUCUUUCCGCUGACAAGGAUGUUUUAGAAUUAAAGAAAUCUAUCCAGUCAUUAUUAGAAAAAAAUAAUGAAUAUUGUGAUGAAAUUGCCCUUCUGAAAAAUCAAAUUGAGCAUAGGGAUAGCGAAAUUAUUAGGUUAAAUAUUCUUUUAGAAGGUGGCAGACCUCUAGCAGCGGUAAAUAAUGACUUUUAUACACACAAACCAGAUAGCAAAAUAGAAAAAUUGAUGAGACAAAUUAACGAUUUACAAAAUGCAAAUGAUGAUAUGAAAAAAGAAUUGGAAAAAAGUUUAGAAAAGCAGCAUGAAGCAAUGCUUCGUGCAUUAUCGUUAGCAGAUAAGAAUAAAGCCUUACAAGAGGAACUACAAAAGGUUGACAAAUUAGCAUUGAAAGUAGAGGAUGAUUGUAAUAAACGAUUAGCAUCAAUGAUGAAUGAGUUAAACUUUAUGCAAACUAGAAUAGAAGGACUUACUUUAAAAAACUCGGAACUAGAGAGAGAAUUAUCACAAAGAUGCCUCAGAAAUUAUUCACCACAUGCUCAGGAGUCUUUGGUUAUAGCAUUAAAAGAAAAAGAUGCUUUGCAAAAGGAAAUAAAAGAUUUAGUUGAUCUCAAUAAAAGUUUACAAGACAAAAUAUUAUCCUUGUCUGAAGUUAACAGUAACUUUACCGCAAGGCUUAAAAUUAAUGAAGAUAGUCCUAAAUGUAGUGUUAAGGAUGAAUUAAAAAAGCUUUUUGCAGAUGAAAGGAAAAAUUAUGAGACAUACAUUAAUGAUAUACAACAGAAAUUAACAGAAGCAUUGAAUCUUUUUAAUGAAAAAGCUAGUAAAAUUGAUGAUGCUAAAACUAAAACAAACAUUCCACCUAAUAAUGCUUUUAUAAAAGAUUUGCAUAACAAGUUAUGUGAAAGUGAACAAAAAAUUCUUAUGUUAAGAAAAGAAAAUGACGACUUAAGAAAUAAAGCUUUAAACCAAAAUGAUUGUAAUAAACAUAAUUAUCAAGAUAUAAUAAGUCACCUUAAUGCAGAAAAUGCUGAAUUGUCUAAGGAAAAUAUUUCACUAAGUCAACAAUUAAGUCAAUACAGGGCAAUAAACCAAGCAUCAAACAUUAGAGGUGAUUCCAGCAAAGAAGAAAUACAAAAGUUUCAAGCAAAAAUUGAAGAAAUGAAGAAAGAAAUACAGUUAUUAAGAAAAGACAAACAAGAAUAUAACCAACGAUAUAAAGAUGCAUUAGAUUUAUCAGACAGGCUGAGGAGAGAUUUGGCACUUAAACAAAGGGAAUUAGAAAAUUUAGAAGAGGAAAACUGCUCCUAUAAAAUGACAAAUAGAACUGGAAAAGCAUCUGCUGAACAAUUAAAAGAUGAAUGUAACUUUUUGAGAAAACAAAUAAAGAAAAUGCAGACGGAUAUUAUAAAAGAAAAAACAUUAGCUAGUCAAAUUAAAAACAUUCAACUUGAAACUGAAAGAAGUAGUACUGAGAUACAAAAUGAGCUCCUAUCCACACAGAAAAAGUUAAGUUUGUCUAAAGACACAGUUGAUACCUUACAAAAGAAAUGUAACGAUCUACAAUCAGAAAUAAUUAAUUUAAAAAGUGAUAAAUUAAACUUAAUUGAUAAUAUUAAAUCAAUGGAUAAAGAUCGUGAUAAACUUGUUAUUGAUUUAGACAAUAAAACAGAAAAUAUCAGUAUUUUGGAACAAAAAAUAAAGUCACAAACAUUUGAAAUAAGUAAAUUAGAAAGUGAAAUCUCUGAAUUAAAAAGGAAACUUAAUUUUAAUAAGGUAAAUGAACAUAGGGUUGCGGACUAUGAGUCACAAAUUAAUUUCUUAAAUGGAGAAAUCAAAAGAAUAUCUCAGCAAUAUGAUACGGCUAUAAUAGAAAACAAACAUUUGCAAAAUAGUUUAGCAGAUGUUAAUGGUGUUUUAAAACUUACAAAAAUGGAACUAGAAAAGUCAAAAAAGGAUGUUGAAGGCUUAAAACAGCAACUGCAACAUUAUGUGGCAGAAAUAAGACGGAUUGAGGAUCUUCUAUCUCAGAAAGAAGCUGAAAGAUCUGAUAUGUUAGAGCAGUUUGCAAGUUUAUCCGUAGAAGCAAAUAUUUUGGAAAAUAAUAAUCACUCUUUGGAAAGUGAAUCUGCUUCAAAAACAAUUCAACUGCAAACAUAUGUGAAUCAAAUUCAACAUUUAGAAGAAAAGCUUGUUGAAAAAGAUAAUAUAAUUGAUAGUCAAUCAGCUCGUAUUGCUUCAAUGACUUGUAAAAUAAAUGCAUUACAAAAUGAAAUGAAACUAAUAACAGAAGAAAAAAUUAUUCUAGAACAAAAUGUUUCAUACCUCAAACAGAUGUGUGGUGAUUUGAAGUCAAGUAAUGAAAACAAUACCAUAAGUUUAAAAGAUACCAAUUCAGAAUUGAAAUUGUAUGAAGAUAGAAUAAAAAAUCUUUCAAAUAUCAAAUCUAAAUUGGAAUCUGAGAAAGAAGAAUUAAGAGACAAUUUAAUGACCACAGAGAAACUCUUAUCAAAUGCACGAAAGGAAAUUAUUGAAUUAAAAUUGGCAUUACAAGAUGCCACGAGUGAAACGAAGUCACUGAAUGAGCGUGUAUGUAGCCUCACAACGCAGAUGGAAUCAAAAAUUGACGAGAAUGUUCUAUCAAGGGAACAUCUAGAACUACCACUGAUGUUAGAAGAAACCAUCCAUGAACUGAGCAAUGAAGAUGACGAUAGUGGUAGAUAUAAUCUGCCACAUAAAAACCUUACUAAAUAUUCACACAGUAGUACUUUAUAAAUAAUUCAUUUCCUCAUGAAGUACAUAAUAUAAAUUAAUAAUCUAUGUGUGGAUGUUGUUCACAAGUGUUACAAUAUUUAAAAUAUUAGAACACUAUUUUUGUAAAUUGUUUUGCUGUUAUUGUGAUAUUAAAAUGAAGUCUAUUCAAUAUUCAGAAUUUAUUAUUGAAUAUGUUCAGUGUUAUUCCGUCUCUUAUAUAUCUUAUCUAAAAUAAAAACACAUUUGGAAUGCGACUUAAUACAUGCGAUUUAAUAGCAAUUAAUAUGUUCAUAAUGUAAAUAAGAACAAUAUUAUUUUUAUAUGAAAACCAAUUUUAUUUUAUUUUUUGUUUUUACAAUGAAAAACAUACAUUUCAGUAAUACAUAUAAAAUUUAUGAACUACAUAAUUUACACUGUUUCAUUUACUAUUAUUUAUAUUUAUUAGAUUACUAUUUCAACACACCUAAAUUGAAUAAAUUUUAUGAAUCUACA